ACUUAUGACUGGAGUUUACAGGGCGGAGCUAGUCACCAUAAGAGAUAAAUUGUGUGGGGUACAAUAGGUAGAGUCGGGGACGACACGGUUCUUUUACGUUUUCCUGUGCGCGGACUGUGUCAGUGGUCGGCGCGAAAAACUAAACUCUUCUCAAUCCGAUUUAAUUGAAAAGUGAAUCCAAAGAGGACUGUAACAUGUCGGCCAAUAAAGAAGCCGAUGGUGGAUGGAAGACGUUUGUGUGGAAUUCAGAGAAAAGGGAAUUUCUUGGACGGACUGGAAGCAGUUGGUUUAAAAUCUUACUCUUCUACCUUAUAUUCUACGGAUGUCUGGCCGGCAUCUUCAUCGGGACCAUCCAGGCUCUGCUGCUCACGUUGAGCAGUUACACGCCCACCUACCAGGACCGAGUCGCACCCCCAGGUUUGUCGCACACCCCGCGCUCUGAGAAGUCUGAGAUCGCCUUCAACAUGUCCGACAAGACCACGUACGAGAAGUACACCAAGUCCAUGACCAACUUCCUCGAAAAGUACAACCCCGACCUGCAGGUGGACGCGGGAAAAUUUGAUGACUGUCCAGGCACGCCAUCCGCGCCAAUAAAGCGCAGGGACCUGGAGACAGACAAGACCAUGCGCAGGGCCUGCCGCUUCUCCCGCGACCUGCUGGGGGUGUGCUCCGGUGUAACGGACCCCACCUUCGGCUUCAAGGAAGGCAAGCCCUGCCUCAUCGUCAAGCUGAACAGGAUCGUCAACUACAUCCCCAGGCCCGUACAAGACAACGCGACCCUGUCCCCGGCUGUUCUAGCCAGACAGAGGCCCAACCUGAUCCCUCUGCACUGCCAAAACAAGAGAGCAGGGGAAGAAGACCUAGUCGGCGAGAUCAAGUACUACGGCUUCGACGGCGGCUUCCCGCUGCAGUACUACCCCUACUACGGCAAGCUGGUGCACCCCCAGUACCUGCAGCCCCUGGUGGCGAUCCACUUCACCAACCUCACCAUGAAGACGGACGUGCGCAUCGAGUGCCGCGUGUACGGCGACAACAUUGACACGAGCGAGAAGGACCGCUACCAGGGACGCUUUGACGUGAAGAUAACCAUCUCCUUAUGACCCCCGACCGCAAGUGCCCCCGCCCAGUCUCCCGCCGUGCCCCUUCAAACACAGUUCUAGAAAUUAAAAGUAAAAAAUAAAA